AAGAGUACUUUACGUAAAUCAGCAGCGAACAUAUACACGAUCAACCUGGCUUUCGCUAAUACUUGGUUGGGAAUAUUUGGGAGUGUUAUUUCGUUCCAUAUCUUUCAAGGAAAAUACGCUACAACAGCCCAUUGUCAAGCCGAGGGUUUUUUUGUGUCUGGCAUUCAUAUAACUGUUAUCAUGACAAUCACGUGCAUGAUAGCCGACCGUUUUCAUGUGAUUUGUGGCAAAAAACCUUCUGCAAGGUGGCGCACGAGAAACCGAAAGUAAUUGUCGCUAUCACAUGGAUUUACAGUUUCCUAUGGAGCGCCCCGCCUCUAUCUACAUUAGUGCCCGAGUACAUAGAAGAACCACUGAUACCGAGCUGUAUAUUUGACCGCUUCACAAAUUCUUUAUCAAACCGGCUCUACAUUAUAACGAUGUGUACAUUCGUAUUCUUUAUACCCCUGGUGUUUAUAUGCUACUGUUUAUAUCGGAUAUUUUGGGCUGUAAAGAGCAGUUCGGUUUUGCUUGCGAAGUACCAGGGACAGAGACAUAUAAGAAAACGAAGACGAAGGGAAAGAGGCUUCACAUCUGAAAGCGGGGGUUCUGAAGGUAUUUCAAUGAUGUCAGCCAAGCAAAUACAACUAAACAGCUCAAUACGAGAAACCAAACUUGGACCAGUGUUGCCUAAAAAACCGAUGGAAAACGAAGAACGUGUGAUUGAAGCACCAGCGAAAGUAGAACCUCUUGGCAUGCAGAGAGAACAAAGCGCGAGACUUAAACCCAGUGAACAAAACGCGUCGUCCCUUAGCCGCGCUGGGUCAAGAAAAUCACAAAGUUCGGGAAAAUUGAGCAAAUCCAAUAGUUCUCGAUCAAAAAGAGGAAUACAGACAAUUGAAUUCCAGAUUUUAAAAUCUGCGGUUUUACUUGUUGUCCUGUUUGUCUCCAGUUGGAUGCCGUUUACUGUCGCUGCUAUUAUAAGUAUUGGUAGCAAUCAAGUUAGUCCUUAUGUGAUUUUGGUAUCAUACCUUUUUGCUAAAGCAUCGUGUGUUCAUAGCUCAUUCGCAUAUAUUACUAACGCUCAUUUUCGAGCUACUAUUGGUCUUAUAAGAUGCAAACAUACUCAUCGUGCGUAACUUAAACAUUGUGGCGUAUUCGGUAAGGCCAAUAACGUAAUAUGUUGUGCUAUUUUACGAGUUUAAGCAAGGUAUAGUAUAGGGUGGGGGGAAAUGGGACACCUUUAGCACAUAAUAUUCAAAUAUCUUGAUCGUUUUUUAAACAAUU